CAGUGCAGCGAUCGGCGGCGAUCGGACACAGCGGAUCACUGAUCCACGGAAAGAGCCGAAGAUGUCGGCUCAGUCAUCAGUGCCAACCGUCAGUGUCCAUCAGUGCCUUGUGUCAGUGAUCAUCAGUGCCACGUGCCAGUGCCCAUCAGUGCCACAUCAAUGCCACAUAGUGCCUACCAGUGCACAUCAAUGCCACAUAUCAGUGCCCAUCUAAGCUGCCUUUCAGUGUCACCCAUCAGUGCCAGUCAGUGCCACCUAUCAAUGCCAAUCAGUGCUGCCAGUCAGUGCCACCUAUCAGUGCCAGUCAGUGCCGCCUAUCAGUGCCAGUCAGUGCCGCCUAUAAAUGCCAGUCAGUGCCGCCUAUCAGUGCCAUAUAUCAGUGCUGCUUUUCAG